AUGAGCCUCCCUGCGACCCAGCGCCAGAUUGGCGAUGAUGGUGACAAGGAAACGGAGGAGCAUUUCAAGGAGCUGCUGGUUACUAUCUCCAUAUCCAUAGCCGGGUCAGCCAGAAACAUGUCUGCGGAGGCAGACACCAUGGCGCCGAGGUUCGGCUUAAAACUGAACUCGCUCUUGUGGCUGAUCGAUGAGCUGUGGGAUGACAUGCGCCAACUAGUCUCCACAGAGACAAAAUUCCUAGCAACAUGCAUAUUUACUCGUGAGCCCUUCCUGCACUAUAUCUCCACAUUGCAGUUGAUCACGGCAGUUUUCGACUGGCUCGGUAGAUGGGUACCGAAUUUUACUAUAAAAUUGCUAUCCAUACGCGAAGAUGAGGACAUGGAGUGGGAGGAGGAGAAGGAGAUGGAGAUGAUUGAGGAGAGCAACUUCGCUAACUACAUUAGUCGCUGGGAACGCACGUGCAGUAACGGCUGCAGCUUCGAAGACACGAAUGAGCAAACAUCAUUGUUGAGCCCCAUGCUCUUUACACACUGCAUACCAGGCCACGUCCCAUUGGAUGCUGGUUGCCGGAGGACCAUGCAAAUGUACUCCAUUAAAGUUGCAAAAGUGAAAUGCCACAACUGGCCACUGAAGGUGUACGGUGUGGUUGCCGCCCGAGAUGUUGUGGACAAUCGUCGCAACAUUCUCUUCUUUCGCACUAGGGAUGACUACCAACUCCUCACGGAGCAUGAUCCGUUUUUGCACUUGACUAGCCCGUCUCGUGCAAUUAUCUCUAUGGACACCGUCAACAUUGAAAUCCAACUAAAACUAAAGGGCACAACAAAGUCUGAAGAUAGAGCACUGAUCAGUAAAGCCUUCUCUUAUAAUGGUGAUGUUGGUGAUACUUUUUCUACGCGUCACCUCAGUGGCCACUUUUGCACAAUAGAGUUGUGCUAUGCGCAUCUUGAAAGAUCACUCCAAGCCACCAUCCUUAGUAUCCGUGUUCAAGAGGGCUCACUGCCUUCUGAAAAUGGCAUCCGGGUUGUUUGUUCCUCACUACCUUCUGAGAGCCCAUCUGAGCAUGUUUUGUUGUUUGGUUCAAAAGGUGGAACAAUUCCCGUGGGUGAAGGGGGCUAUCUGGAUCUGUCAAGGCAAGUUGCUUCGGUAAAAAGAGAAGGAAGGCUAGAAAUUCUCAUGGAGAUCUUGGAACAAUCUGGUUGCACAAGUCAUUAUUUUGCCUUCACACCGGAAUCCAGCAACGUAAGUCAAAAAGAAUUUAACCUUGGUGACUGUAAAUUGGAGAUUACUGUUGCUUGGUCCCUCCUUAUUAAUGACCAGCUGCCUAUCUUGAUGAUGGGGUAUAUAGAGCCUUACUCACCAAGUCCGCAUAUCCCUUUCAUGGAGCUUGGAGAAUGA